UGUGUUUGUAUGUCUGUGUGUGUGUGUGUGUGGUGCAGCAGCAGCUAUAGCGGUCACGUGUUCUUCUGAGGGAGACGGAGGUGGCUGGAGCUGGGAGAGGGGGUGGCGGGCUGCGCUCCCGGGGACUCGAGCACAGACGCUUGUUUUGAUUUAUUUCACAAGGAAAGACAGAUUGGUGGGGGAGAGGAGGCUUUUGCAGAAACUCCACGAAGUACAGCGUCGCUCUCCUGGUUGUUUCUCUCUGCCUAUCUGCCUCAAGCAACAGCCUUGCCGGGCAGGGUCCAGUCGUGCACCCCAGGAGGAGAGGGGGGGAGACAGAGGGCUCCAGUUUCCACCGCGGGUUGGAGGAGCAGGAGGGGUGUGUGAGUGCAUCUACCUGCCCUCCUCUUCCCAGUACAUGCCAUGGGACUGAAUGAAGACACGCACGGACAGUAAAAGCCUUAGCAGCGGUGACAUUGUGGCUUGGAUUGUGGAGUGAGCCGGUGGGAGAGAAGGAUUACGUGGAAGAAGGAGCUCGGAUAACAGAGAGGAUCGCUGUCCCCCCCCCCUUCCAGAGGGAACGCAAAGUACACUGCAGUGCUGGCAGCUUCAAACUUGGACCGACAGACCAGAGUAUGGCUUCCCCCUGGCUAUGUACAUCAGCCCUCCUUCCAUUGGGUUUCGUUGGGCUAGCUCCUAAGGAGUUCCAUCUCUCGCUGUCACUGAAUUUGUGGAUGUAAAAAAUCAGAACCACCUAAGGGAUAUACAAAUGCAACGCUGCAGAGUGAACUUCAAGGAUUAACUCAAGUAUUUUUUUUUUCUUCACAAGUGGUGCUGAUUGAUCUGUGAAUUUGUACACUGUACACAUGCUUUAAAGAGAAUUCUUCAUCAUUUUUGAGAUUUCUGUCUUGGUUGGUACCAUGGCUAGCCCCACAGAUCCACAGGCUCAGGAGAACUUUUCUGAUGUCAGAAAGGUGGGCUAUCUAAGAAAACCUAAGAGCAUGCACAAGAGGUUUUUUGUGCUCAGAUCUGCCAGUGAGUCAAGUUUGGCCCGUUUGGAGUAUUAUGAAAAUGAGAAAAAGUGGAGGCAUAAGUCUGGGGCCCCAAAGAGGUCAAUCCCUCUAGAGAGCUGCUUUAAUAUCAACAAGAGGGCUGAUUCUAAAAACAAACAUUUAGUUGCUUUGUACACAAAGGAUGAAUGCUUUGCAAUUGCUGCUGAAUGUGAACAAGAACAGGAGGGUUGGUAUCAGGCUCUAGUGGAUCUUCACAACCGUGGUAAGACCCACCACCAACACCAUAAUCACGAUGGUGCGGCCAAUGGUGUGCACGAUAGUUUAAAUGGAGAUGAAGUUUAUGGGGAGGUAACUCCUCCAGGACUGGCUUUCAAAGAAGUAUGGCAGGUGAUCAUGAAGCCCAAGGGUUUAGGACAAAUCAAGAAUUUAGUUGGUAUUUACCGCCUGUGCCUCACCAACCGAACAAUAAGUUUGGUGAAACUAAACUCCGAUGCAGCAGCUGUGGUAUUGCAACUUAUGAAUAUUAGGAGAUGUGGGCAUUCCGAAAAUUUUUUCUUUAUAGAAGUUGGUCGGUCUGCAGUCACAGGAGCUGGUGAAUUCUGGAUGCAAGUGGAUGAUUCGGUAGUUGCUCAGAACAUGCAUGAAACCAUACUAGAAGCUAUGAAAGCUUUAAGUGAUGAAUUUCGGCCUCGGAGUAAGAGUCAGUCUUCAUCCAACUGCUCUAAUCCUAUAUCUGUACCUCUUAGGAGGCAUCACCUUAAUCAUCCACCACCCAGCCAGGUAGGGCUAAAUCGAAGAGCUCGUACAGAGAGUGUUACCGCCACAUCACCGGCAGGAGGUGCAGCAAAGCGUGGCUCAUCCUCUUCUUUCAGAGUCCGGGCAUCUAGUGAUGGAGAAGGAACAAUGUCAAGGCCAGCCUCCAUGGAAGGUAGCCCAGUUAGUCCCAGUGCAAGCAGAACUCAGUCACAUCGGCAUCGGGGUAGUUCUCGACUUCACCCACCUCUUAACCAUAGUCGGUCUAUACCAAUGCCAGCAACUCGCUGCUCUCCAUCAGCUACAAGCCCUGUCAGCUUGUCCUCCAGUAGUACCAGUGGACAUGGUUCCACUUCUGAUUGCAUGUGCCCUCGUAGAUCCAGUGCCUCAGUUUCUGGUUCCCCCAGUGAUGGUGGUUUUAUUUCUUCAGAUGAAUAUGGUUCAAGCCCUUGUGAUUUUAGAAGUUCCUUUCGCAGUGUAACGCCAGAUUCUUUGGGUCACACUCCACCAGCUAGGGAGGAAGAGCUAAAUAAUUAUAUUUGCAUGGGCAAAUCCAGUAGUCAUCUCCAGAGAGCUCAGCAACAGAGGUACCAACCAAGCCGAGGUGAAGAGCACAUUGACUUUGACAAGAUUUUUAGAAAGAGGACUCACUCCUCAGGAACAUCUCCUCCUACAGUUUCACACCAGAAGACCCCAUCACAGUCCUCUAUUGAGGAAUAUACAGAAAUGAUGCCUGCUCACCCUGUUCGUUUAACAUCAUUUAGGCAUUCUGCAUUUGUACCCACCUACUCCUAUCCAGAAGAGUGCCUAGACCUCCAUUUGGAGGGGAGCAGAGCUAACCACAAGGAUGAUGGCUAUAUGCCUAUGUCACCUGGAGUCGCUCCUGUGCCUACAAAAACAAAUGACUAUAUGCCUAUGAGCCAUAAGAGUGUGUCUGCCCCUCAACAAAUUAUUAACCCAAGACGGCAUUCAUCUAUAGAUUCAAAUGGUUAUAUGAUGAUGUCACCCAGUGGUAGCUGUUCUCCGGAAAAUACCAAUUACAGCAAGAUAUGGACCAAUGGUACCAACCCAAAGUUGUCCAUAGAUAGCAUUGAGUGCAAACUGCCUUGCAGUGACUACAUUAAUAUGUCACCUGCUAGUGGCUCCACUACAAGCACACCUCCAGACUCUUAUCUGAAUUCUGUUGAAGAGUCAAGCAAGCCUGUAUAUUCCUACUUUUCCUUGCCCAGGUCCUUCAAACAUGUUCACAGGAAAAGUGAAGAUAGCAAUUUGCGCAUCUCUGCAAAUUCUGGACAUAAUCUAUACACAGAAGACUCUUCCUCCUCUUCCACAAGCAGUGAUAGUUUAGGGGGCCAGGACCCUCAGCAACCUGUAAAAGGGGAGGCCUGCAUUCAGGGAAAGAGAUUGCCUAGACCCACCAGGCUUUCAUUGGAAAGCAGCAGCAAGGCCAACACCCUGCCCAGGGCAAGAGAACCUGCUCUGCCUCCAGAGCCAAAAAGUCCUGGGGAGUAUGUUAAUAUAGCGUUCAAUGACAAAGUAUUUUUGGGGGGCUUGGUGCCUUCUAUGUAUUCCCUUCCUUUUGUGCAGAGCAGAGUUGUUCCUCAAAGGGAGAACUUAUCUGAAUACAUGAAUAUGGAUCUUGGUGUUUGGAGAGCUAAAACAUCCUAUGCUUCCACGUCAUAUGAACCAACAUACAAGCCGGUUAGCUCAGCAUGCCCUACUGAAACUUGCAGUAGUAGUCGACCACCUAUUCGAGGGAAGCCAAUCUCGCGAGACUAUAUGAGCAUGCAACUUAGUUCCCUGUGUUCGGAUUACAGCCAAGUCCCACCUAUCAGGAUUACAGCCAAAUCCAUAACUCUUUCUUCUAGUAAAAGUAAUUAUGCAGAAAUGUCAAGUGGCGGAGUUUCUGAUAAUAUUCCUGCUAUUACCCCAACUUCUAACUCUAGUCUGUCUGAAGCAUCUCACUCUUCUCUUUUGGGCCAGGGCUCUGGCCCCAGCGCCUUUACUCGAGUUAGUCUAAGCCCAAACUGCAAUCAGAGUGCCAAAGUCAUCAGGGCUGGGGACCCACAGGGUAGGAGGCGGCACAGCUCAGAGACAUUCUCUUCUACUCCUACUACAGCCAGAGUUACCCCUGGCCCAGUUUCUGUGGAGGAUGUCAAGAGACACAGCUCUGCCUCCUUUGAAAAUGUGUGGCUUAGGCCAGGAGAGAUUGCCAGGAGAGAUUCCCUUCAGCCUUCUGAUCACACACAUAAUGGCCUGAAUUAUAUUGACUUGGAUCUAGCUAAGGAUUUGAGUGGCCUGGAUCAUUGCAACUCCCACCAAUCUGGGGUAAGCCACCCAUCAGAUGACCUAAGUGAAUACGCCAGCAUCUCUUUCCACAAGCUGGAGGAGCACCGGAGUCGGGCAGAAACAGAAGAAUAACAACCUCUGCAACCUCAGCAAAUAACCCUUUCAAUCUCACGGAUUACAGACUCUCCGGAACCUUUACACAUCACAACAAGGACCUCACAUUCAAGUCAAGUAGAUGGUACGCUGCAUCCAGUUCACUUUGUUUACUUUACACGCAAACCUCAGGAGUCCGUUGACUGAACCGCACCUUCCAUGUUGUGCCAAGCGAAAAGCACUGUGACGUCUGAACACAAAGAGAGUCUUCUCCACUUCCCUCAAUCUGUAACUCCCAGCACCCUGUCUGCUGUGAAUGGACCUACAGCACCUCGCACAUAUUCACUCAUUCAAUUUAUGUUGCUGCUGAAGAUUACAAAAAAGAAACCGUAUUGCAAAUCUUUGUUGUAAAUUAUUACGUAUAAAACUUGUUAAUAAUGGUUGGUGAAAAUUAAAUAUUUAACAUAGGUUUUGAUUUAUACAUGUACUUUUUUUAAUUAAUUUUUUUUUUUUUUUUUGCUAGUUCACAUCUUUUUUGAUGUGGGACAUUAAGGUAUUCUUUUUCUAAACAGAUGGGGGUAAUUGCUUAAAUGAUUCUAAAAAAAGACUAUAGGUAGGUACUAUUUUCCUUUUUAAGAUUGUUAUAGAGAAAAACGUGUCCUAGAUUGCUAGGGUGCUUAUUUUCAGCCCUGUUUAGAGCUCUACCAUAACCCCCAGUAACCCAACAGUUUUGCACUUCCGACAACGAGGCGCUUAACCCCUUCAGUGCCAAAUAGGGCUGCAGCACGAAAGGGAUCAUGUCAUGAAACUUGAGAGCCCUGACCUGUAUACUUAUGGGUUUGAAAAUCACAAACCUCAUUGCACAGGUACCAGAAAUAAAAUCAAGUCUUCCAUUGUAUAUACUGUAAGAAAGAUAAAUAAAAGCAAAAAAAAAAAAAAAAAAGGGAAAAUGGAAACACGUUAAAAAAGGAGAAAAAAAAAAAGCAGAAGAUAAAACAAGUGUUUAAAUCAAAAGUCCCUGGAAUGAGCAAUGUGGUUGUUUGUAAAUUCUGAAAAAACUUUCUAUACAUAAUAAACUAGAUACUGUUUAAUUUUC